AUGUCGAAUGAGGGUAAAAAUGUAUUGUUGAAAGCUCUGAUUCAUUGUGAAGGAUGUGUCAACAAAAUCUCUUCUUGCUUGAAAGGAAUUGAAGGUAUUGAAGAAGUUCAAAUUGACAGAGAGAAUGAUAGAGUGACAGUGAAAGGGAAAAGGGUUGAUCCACAGAGAAUCCUAGAGAGAAUGAAAAGGAAAUAUAGCAGAAAUGUUGAACUUCUCUCACCAAAACCAAAUCAUCCUGCUCCUGUCAAUAAAGAGCCACAAAAGAAACAAGAUCAGAUUCAAAUAAAGACUUCAGUAUUCAAAAUGUCAAUGCACUGUGAAGGGUGUGUGAAUGACAUUAAGAGAAACAUAGAGGCAGUGCAGGGAAUCCUUAGUGUGGAACCAGACAGGGAAAAGUCUUUGGUGACUGUGAAGGGAGUAUUUGAUCCACCAAAACUUGCCAAAACAAUGUCCAAGAGGUUUGGAAAACAUGUGGAGAUUUUGAAGCAAGAACAACCAGAGAAAGGAAAAGACAACAACAAAGGUGCCAUGGAUGGUGGUAGUAGUACUAAUAUUACUAUGUUCCAUUAUCCUCCUCAGUACUCCAAUGGUUGCAUCUAUCCUCCUAUGACUUUUAGUGAUGAGAAUGUAUUCUCUUGUUCACUUAUGUAA